UAUCCCUGUUUCUGCAACUAAGAUACACACAUGCUCUUGCUGAAUGCUUUUCAUGUUCUCUUUCUCUCAUCAACUGUGUCUGUAACUCCGCUACGUUCCUAAGCACGGGAACACACACACACACAUAUAUAAAUAUAUAUACACACACCCGUUAAUGGCUGAAGUGGAGGGGGUAGCCAACUUAACCAAUGAGACCAAGCAAGGCUUGAGAAAAGGAGGAUUCAGAGCCACCAUGUUCAUAUUUUUUAUGACGGGGCUUGAGAACAUAGGCUUCGUGGCAAACAUGGUCAGCAUGGUGCUCUACUUCUUGCUGGUAAUGCACUUCAAUCUUGCAGACUCUGCAACAACACUCACUAACUUUUUGGGAUCAACCUUCUUGCUCACCCUUGUUGGAGGUUUCAUCGCCGACACAUACCUUACCAGGCUCAACACUGUGCUACUCUUUGCAUGCUUCGAGAUAUUGGGCUAUAUACUGGCUAUAAUCCAAGCUCACAGGCCAAGUCUCCGACCACCUGGACAGUGCCUUACGUGCAAACUAGAGGGGAAAAAAGCUGCCAUAUUCUACUUGAGUUUGUCUCUAUUAGCGUUGGGUUUUGGAGGGAUUAGAGGGUCUUAUCCUGCACUGGGAGGUGAUCAGUUUGAUAAGAACAACCCAAAGGAAAGAAAGGCCGUGGCCAGCUUCUUCAACUGGUUACUGAUGAGCAUCACACUGGGUGCGACGCUUGGAGUCACGGUCAUCGUUUGGGUCAGCACAGAGAGAAGCUGGGCUCUUGGUUUCCUCAUUGGCAUGAUAUGCGCCUUCCUUGGCUUCUGCAUCAUCACUGCAGGCAAACCAUUCUACAGAGUCAGGAUAGUCAAAGACAGCCCCCUAAUCAGACUUUUUCAGGUUAUGGUGGCUGCCAUCAGGAACAGGAAGUUGAGUUUGCCGGAGAACCCAGAUGAGCUGCACCAGCAAUAUAUCAGCAGCAGCAGCAUUAGCAGCAACAACAACAACAACAACAAAGCUGAAGAUGAAGAGAUCAUCCUUCAUUCAACACAAUUCAGAUGCUUAGACAAGGCGGCAAUAAUCCUGCCAAGAAGCUCAACAUUGCAAUUAGACCCAUGGAGAGUAUGCACAGUGAGUCAGGUUGAAGAACUGAAGAUUAUAAUAAGGAUGCUGCCCAUCCUGGGCAGCACCAUCCUCAUGAACACAUGCUUGGCCCAGCUACAAACCUUCACGGUGCAACAAGGGAACAUAAUGGACCUCCAUCUGGGUUCUUUUAAAGUCCCAGCUGCCUCCAUUCCAGUUAUACCUCUCAUCUUCAUGUCAGCUCUAGUCCCUGUCUAUGAGUUCAUCUUCAUCCCAUUCGCCCGUCGCUUCACACGGCAUCCAAAUGGGAUCACGACCCUGCAAAGGGUGGGUGUUGGGCUUGUCCUCUCGGCCAUCUCCAUGGCCAUUGGUGCUCUGAUAGAGGUGAAGCGAAGAGACGCGUUUAACAACACCGGCAAGCGCAUCAGCCUAUUUUGGUUGUCAUUCCAGUACGGGGUGUUCGGCAUCGCUGACAUGUUCACGUUGGUUGGGCUCAUGGACUUCUUCUACAGCGAGGCACCAUCGGGUUUGCGCUCGCUCUCCACUUCAUUCUCUUGGCUCUCUCUUUCCUUGGGCUACUUCCUCAGCACAGUCCUCGUGCGAGUGGUGAACUCGGUCACGGCCAAAGGGACAACCACCGGCCAUGGAUGGCUAUAUGGGAUAGACCUUAAUAAGAAUCGGUUGGACCUCUUCUAUUGGUUCUUAGCUAUACUUAGUUGUCUUAAUUUUGUGCUCUACUUGUUGUGUGCCAAAUGGUACAAGUACAGGAAGGACAUGGAUACUAGUACUAUUAUUGUUGGUGGAUAUGAUCGUUGUGAUGAACAUGGUACUAAGAUAGAACUGAGCGCCACGCAUUCAACAGUGGCUAUCUAUCCAUCUCCGGCACCUUCUUCUGUUAGUAUGUACUCACCCAUGACCUUGGAGACUAGAGAACUCAUCAGGCCAUGAUUACUGUUCACCACUAUAUAUUUGGGCAUGUAUUUAAUUAUUAGGUUGUGUCUUGACUCUUGAUAGUAAUAAGGGCGCUAGUAGUCAGGCUAGCUACCUCUCGAACCAAAGAUGAACUCACUAGUAUGCUAUAGAUAAAGGUGUCGAUCCUCUUUCUCAGAAUGAUAAAAAAAUAAAGGCAUAUAUAUGAGCUAGAUAAAAUGUUGAUUUUGGUGGGUACUACUACUGGAUGUAUUAAUGAUCACCACCACUUUCCUCAAGUGAUUGGUUUAUUUAAUAAUA